AUGGUCACCAAUGGAGGCGAGAAGAGGACCACACCGGCUGGGAACGGGUCGUACGAUCCGUAUGCCCUGCCCGACUUUGAGACCGAUUUCAUCGACCGUGCCGAUCUCGCUAGCUUCGCCGCAGCUCUGACCGCUCCCGCUACGGAGCCAGUCACCGCCCUCAACGACUGGGGCCCGGUCCGCCAAAGGGUCAAAAGGAACCGAGUUCGAGGCCAAACUCCAAGACGGUCCAAAGAUGAAACCAGGGAGGGCAUUGUCUACACCAUUCUGUACUACCCUUUGCUGUUCAUCGUCUGCGGUUGGAUAGCUUUUCUUUUCAUUAUCUACAACCUGACGCGCUUCUACAUCUACGUCUACGAACACGUGUUUUCCUGGACCGGGCAACGAGAAAUCCUUCGGAGGCGCCUACAACAAGCAAAUACGUACCAAGAGUGGCAGGCCGCAGCGCAUGACCUUGACAAGUACUUGGGAAACGAAGAGUGGAAGCAGUCUGACCCUUACUCGUACUAUAACCACCAAACAGUCAAGAAAGUUACUGCACAACUUGCCGAGCUUCAGCAAAAGGUCCAGGCCGAAGCCAUCAAACGACAUGGUGGCAGCUCAGACAGUUUUACCGCUUUGGAAGAACUGAAAUCUCUCCUUGAAAGCUGUGUCAAGAACAAUUUCGUUGGUAUUGAAAAUCCUCGCUUGUAUAGUGAGACGUAUAUUGGCACCAAGGAGUUAAUCCAAUCUUUUGUUGAUCAGGUUGAGAAAUGCCUCAAAAUCGUUCUCAAUAGUGAACGCAUCUCCAAUGAUGACAAGGUGGUCUUUUUCCGACACCUGGAGCUCAACUACGGCCGGACUGCCCUCUGUCUAUCUGGGGGAGCCACCUUUGCCUAUUAUCAUUUUGGAGUCAUCAAAGCGCUGCUCGACGCGGGGGAACUGCCAGAAAUCAUCACUGGUACUUCCGGAGGCGCUCUGGUGGCGGCGUUGGUGGCUACCAGAACGGAUGAAGAAUUGAAACAGCUCUUGGUGCCGGCGCUUGCAUACCGGAUCAAUGCGUGUCAUGAGGGAUUUCGGACAUGGAUUCGCAGAUGGUGGCGGACUGGUGCUCGGUUCGACUCCCUUGAUUGGGCCAUGCAAUGCAGCUGGUUUUGUCGGGGGUCGCUGACCUUUCGGGAAGCAUACGAGAGAACUGGCCGCGUCUUGAACGUGUCGUGCGUUCCGUCCGACCCUCAUUCGCCCACGCUCUUGAACAAUCAUAUCACCAGUCCAGAUUGCGUCAUCUGGUCGGCUGUCCUCGCUUCCGCAGCGGUGCCCGGGAUUCUCAAUCCGAUUGUUCUCAUGGGCAAAACAAGAGAUGGCUCAUUGGUCCCGUACUCGUUUGGUAACAAAUGGAAAGAUGGAAGCUUGCGUACCGAUAUACCUUUAAAGGCACUCAACAUCCACUUCAACGUCAACUUUUCUAUUGUGUCACAGGUCAAUCCUCACAUCAACCUAUUUUUCUUCGCGCCCCGAGGUUCGCCAGGUCGACCUGUGACGCAUCGCAAAGGCCGGGGCUGGCGAGGGGGAUUCCUGGGCUCUACCAUUGAAACAUCAGUCAAGCUCGACCUCCAGAAAUAUCUGAAGAUUCUGCGACAUCUCGAGUUGCUACCGAGGCCGAUGGGACAGGAUUGGAGCCAGAUUUGGCUGCAACGGUUCUCCGGAACCGUCACGAUCUGGCCGAAGACUACCGCCAGUGACUUUUGGAACAUUCUCAGUGACCCGAGCCCAAAACGGUUGGACCGGAUGAUUCGAGUUGGUCAGCGCAGCUGUUGGCCUCGGAUCAGAUUCAUCUCAAAUCGCAUGAAGGUUGAAAGGGUCAUUCUGGAAGGAUUGAGGAAAGGAGGGCCAGUAGAUGACAACCGUGACGUUCUAAACUCAGUCCUUGAGCGCCAGGCCCAACAGGCUCUCCUCCACGGGCGGAGGCGACCUGACGACGGUAUUUCGUCGAUGGAGCAGAUGCCUCUUGCACCGACGCCGCAAUCGCCACGGAGGCAUAGCACCAUUCUAGAGGAACUUACGCGACAAGCCUCGGUCCUUUGGCAUGACGACGGCCCAACAGAAGGAGAGGAGGAUGCGGUGAGCACCGACGAGGGGGAGGACGAGGCCAUUAUAGGGCCUGCGACGGAGACGCUGUGA